UAUUAUGUGGAACUUUGUCCUUGCAUAUUGUUUUUGAAUUGUUCGUUGUUGUUAUAUUACAGCUUUACUUCGAAUUGAAGUGAAAAUUGAGGCAGAACAGUUGAAGUGUCGGUUAAACUGUCGGAAAUAUUUCAUUGAUAGAAUUUGUAUUAUGGAGAUAUAUUUUCUAAACCUGUUACUUGACCUGAUCAUAUAUGCCAGCAUUCUAUUAUUGGUUGUGUAUACCUACUUCUCAAUCUGCUUCAAUUACUGGAGAGACAGAAAGUUUCCAUAUUUGAUCCCUAAAUUUCCAUUGGGAAAUUAUCAAAACGUAUUAUGCAAAUAUCCUGGUGCUACGUUCGAAAACUGCAACAUUUAUGAAGAAAUCAGGAGAAAAAAGCAUAAGUUUGCAGGGAUAUUUUCAAUUACUCGACCAAUAUUAGUUAUAGCAGAUCCGGAAAUAGCAAAGGAUAUUUUAGUCAAGGACUUCGACCAUUUCGUUGAUCGAGGAUUCUACAAAACCACUCACGAUCCCCUAUCAUACACUAUGUUCACUAUGGAUGGAGCAGACUGGAAAAAAAGUAGGAUGGCCUUUUCCCCUUCUUUCACCAGCGGAAGAGUUAAAGCAAUGAUUCCGUUAAUUUCGUCAGUCAGUGAACUUAUGAUAAAAGAAAUUGGCGAUUUGGCGACUGAAAAUGCUGAUUUGGAUAUUAAAAAGUUAACAACCAAAUUCACUAUCAAUUCGCUAGCAAGCUGUGCUCUAGGCAUAGAACCUGGAAACUCGAGUAAUACCGACAUUUUUGCAAAGAUGGCAAGAAAACAGUUUCAUUGUGAGAAUUUCACAAACUCCUUCAGGUUUACGGUUCUGAAUAAAUUUCCAGAUUUUUGUAGUAAACUGGGAUUGCAUUUGAUGGAUAGAGAAGUUGGUAUGUUUUUCGAAACCAUUCUGCAAGACAGCAUUAAGUACAGAAAGGAGAACAAUUGUACUCGUUCCGAUAUGUUGGAGUUGAUGGUUAAUCUGAAAAAGGAUACAAAACUCAGUUCACGUCCUGUAACUGAUAACCAAUUGACAGCUGAACUAUUGAAUUUCUUCAUCGCUGCUCUGGAUACUUCCCCCAACACGAUUUCUUUUACAUUAUUUGAAUUGGCAAGAAAUCCUGAUAUACAAGAGAGGGUGAGAGAAGAAAUAGAAGAAGUUUUGAUUGGAAAUGAUGGAGUGUUGAAUACAGAUUGUUUGAAACAAAUGAAAUAUCUUCUUCAAGUUAUAAACGAAACUCUCAGAAUAUAUCCACCUUUACCUAAUGUGGAAAGAAAGUGUUCAAAAGACUACAAGAUAUCUGGAACUGAUUUGACCAUUGAAAGAGGCACAAGUAUAAUUAUUCCAAUAUAUGGUAUCCAAAGAGAUCCAGAAAAUUUUUCAAUUCCAGAAAAGUUUGAUCCUGAAAGGUUCAGCGAUCAAAAUAAAGUGAACAUGAAAUCUUAUACAUUUCUUCCAUUUGGUAUUGGACCAAGGAGUUGUGUAGGACUUCGUUUUGGAUUGACGAUGGUACAAAUAGCUGUUAUUGAUAUAAUAAGGAGGUUCAAGUUAUCUGUCAGCCCUACAACCAAAUUGCCUUUCGAAAUGGAUAAUCGAGCUUUUAUGCUCACCGUGAAGUGUCCAAUUUUACUAAAGGCAGAGAUAAUUCAGAAUUCAGCUAUGCAGUGAAAUAAAUAAAAAAAUGUCGAUUAUUUUAUGUAUGUCAGAAAUGAAAUAUAUUCUACAAAUUAUAA